CUCCCACCAAGUCCCAUCCCCUCUCUCUCUCUCUCUCUCUCUCUGCCAAAAAAAAAAAUGAGGGGGGACUGGAGGGCCUUAACCACCCUUUAGAUGAGUCCCCCACCUUCCGCCGCCACCAUCGCCACCGCCAUCAUCAUAACUACCAUCCUUAUAUUCACCGUCACCAACCCACCUCCCUCAGCCUAUGCACUCGGAGGCUCUGCCACCACGGUGGCCGUCAGCUACGGCUCGGCCACCACCAUCUGUACCUUACUCGCCGACCAACCCACCCAGCAAAUUCAAUGCUGGAGGAACGGCCAGGUUUUCCUAUCCAUCUACGCCCCCACCGUUUCUUUCGACUCCAUCGCUGGCGGUCUUGACACCGUCUGCGCUGUCCGCUCCGGCGGAUACAGCCUCCUGUGCUGGAAUGUUGCUAACUUCACCCCCAAAAGACUCUACCUCGGGUCUUCAACCUUGUUAACAAGCAUUACAAUUGGGGAUACUCAAAUUUGCGCCUUAACAAACGGUGCUACUAACGUCCGUUGUUGGCGCGGGGAGUCUCAUUCAGCAAGUUCGCCAAAUGGGACGUCGAGUUUCAGUUCAAUUUCAUCUGGGCUGGGCUUUUCUUGUGGAGUUGUGGGGAAUACUAGUAGGGUUGCUUGUUGGGGCAGUAAUACAAACACGGAUAUUCUAGCUUCAAAGAUAGAAACACAGUUUGCAAAUAUGUCGAUGAAGAACAUAUUUGCAGGUGGACAGCAUGCUUGCGGGAUGAAUACAGGUGGAGUGGUUAUUUGCAGAGGGAAUAACGACAGUGGUCAGUUAAAUGUGCCCGCUAAUUUCGGGUACGAGUACAAUGCCUUAGCUCUUGGUGCAAAUCAUACCUGUGCUAUUAGGUCACUAAACCACACAGUUGUUUGUUGGGGAGGAGGUGGAGAAUUUUCUAGCAGUGUUACGGAAGAUACCUCAUUUGAGUCAAUUGUUGCGGGGUUGGAUUUUACUUGUGGAUUAGUUACGAGUAAUUUUUCAGUGAUUUGUUGGGGGCCUGGAUGGCCUAAUAACUUGAAUCCUGCAGGCGUCGGGCUUCCAUUGCAGAGGACUCUUCCGGGGCCAUGUGUUCGUAGUAUUUGUAGAUGUGGUAUAUAUCCUCAAUCUCAAACACUCUGCUCUGGUAAUGGUAAUAUUUGUUGGCCUUGUGAUAUUAAAAAUUUAGCUCCACAGCCACAACCAUUAGGUCCAUCACCAUCGCCGCCUCCGCCUUCAAUUGGUCCAUCACCGUCCUCGCCCUCUAAAGCGCUGAGGAGGGGUUUAUUGGCCUUUGCCAUCGUUGGAUCAGUUGGGUGUUUUGCUGGGAUUUGUACUGUAGUUUAUUGUUGGUGGACUGGUGUUUGUUUUGGGAAAAAGAAAAUUCAUAAUUCAGUGCAACCUACUAUUAGUGCUGCUAGUGCUCCGCAGCAAUCAAACAGUAGUCCACCCUCAAGAUCAUCCACUCUUAGGCGGCAAGGAUCACGCCUGAUGAGGCGACAGAGGAGCGGAACAUCGUCAAAACAUGCGGACAGGGCAGAGGAGUUUUUGUUUCAAGACCUUGCUGCGGCCACCAACAAUUUCUCCAUGGAGAACAAGAUUGGUGCUGGGAGCUUUGGGGUUGUUUACAAAGGCAAAUUACUUGAUGGGCGUGAGGUUGCGAUUAAACGGAGCGAGACAGGUCCAAGAACGAAGAAAUUCCAAGAGAAAGAGAGCGCAUUUGAAUCAGAAUUAGCAUUCCUGUCGCGGCUUCAUCACAAGCAUUUGGUUAGGCUCGUGGGGUUUUGCGAGGAGAGGGAUGAAAGGCUUUUGGUUUACGAGUUCAUGAAAAAUGGCGCGCUUUAUGAUCAUCUGCACGACAAGGACAAUGUGGAGAAGAGCAGCAGCGUGGUGAAUUCUUGGAAAAUGAGGAUAAAGAUUUCACUGGACGCUGCUCGGGGCAUCGAGUACCUUCACAACUACGCAGUUCCACCCAUAAUUCACAGAGAUAUCAAGUCAUCCAACAUAUUGAUCGAUGCAAAUUGGACUGCCAGAGUCUCUGAUUUUGGAUUAUCACUAAUGGGUCCAGAAUCGGAGCAAAAACAUUUUAGGCCGACCAAGGCAGCUGGGACAGUAGGCUACAUCGAUCCAGAGUACUUCGGUCUAAACGUAUUGACAGCAAAGAGUGAUGUGUAUGGUCUUGGGGUGGUAUUAUUAGAACUCUUGACGGGGAAGAGGGCUAUUUUUAAAGCAGGCGAAAACGAUGGUGCACCAAUGAGCGUGGUGGAUUAUGCAGUACCGGCAAUUAUGGCUGGGGAAUUGACCAAGAUUUUGGACCCGAGGGUCGGGCCGCCGGAGCUCAACGAAGCGGAGGCGGUGGAGCUGGUGGCGUACACCGCAAUGCAUUGUGUGAAUUUGGAAGGCAAAGAUAGGCCGACCAUGACCGAUAUCGUUGCUAAUUUGGAACGAGCAUUGGCUCUGUGCGACGAUAGUCAUGGCAGCAUAUCAAGUGGUCCAAUAUCCAUUGUUUCAGAUUGAACUCAAAAACAACUCCAGGUCACAAAAUUUUCAGUUUUUUCUAUUUAUUCUUUUCUUUUUUUCCCCCCGGUCAUUAGUAACCAAUUGAUGUGGGGAUUCUUUGUUUUGGAGUGUAAAGAGUAGGAUAUUUGUUCUAACGCGGGACGUAGCCUAGAAUUUUAUGAACGCUGACAAGCAAAUAGAAAGAUCGAUAAUUUAUUUUCA